CAUCAUGGAGUCCUCCGCAGCCGCUGCCCCUGAUGGGAGCUUCGUCCUCUCGUUCCUGUUCCUGGCCAGCGGCACUCUGGUGGCCGCCUUGCUGGUCGCCGCGCACCGCCUGGGGCUCUUCUAUCAGCUGAGGCACAAGGUGGACAAGGCCAGCAUCCGCCAUGGUGGGGAGAACGUGGCAGCUGUGCUGCGUGCCCAUGGGGUACGCUUCCUCUUCACGCUGGUGGGCGGGCACAUCUCCCCACUGCUGGUGGCCUGUGAGAAGCUGGGCAUCCGCGUGGUAGACACACGCCAUGAAGUCACAGCUGUCUUUGCAGCUGAUGCCGUGGCCCGCCUGACUGGGACGGUGGGUGUGGCAGCAGUGACAGCGGGCCCUGGCCUUACCAACACUGUGACAGCAGUGAAGAAUGCCCAGAUGGCCCAGUCCCCAGUUCUGCUCCUGGGAGGCGCUGCCAGCACCCUGCUGAAGAAUCGGGGGGCGCUCCAGGACAUUGACCAGCUGUCGCUGUUCCGGCCGCUCUGCAAGUUCUGUGCCUCGGUGAGGAGGGUGCGGGACAUUGUACCCACCCUGCGGACCGCCAUGGCUGCCGCCCAGUCAGGCACCCCAGGCCCGGUGUUCGUGGAGCUGCCCAUUGACGUACUGUACCCCUACUUCAUGGUCCAGAAGGAGAUGUUGCCUGCCAAGCCAUCCAAGGGCUUCCUGGCUUGGGGGGUCACCUGGUACUUAGAGAAUCACCUGGCCAACCUCUUUGCAGGGGCCUGGGAGCCUCAGCCUGAAGGACCUCUGCCCCUGGACAUCCCUCAAGCACCCCCUCAGCAGGUCCAGCGUUGCGUGGAGAUCUUGAGCCGGGCCAAGAGACCCCUCAUAUUACUGGGGAGCCAGGCCCUGCUGCCCCCAACGCCUGCUGACAAGCUUUGGGCUGCCGUGGAGACCCUGGGUGUCCCCUGCUUCUUAGGGGGCAUGGCACGGGGGCUGCUGGGCCGCAACAACCCCCUGCACAUCCGGCAGAACCGCAGCGCCGCCCUGAAGAAGGCUGAUGUCGUUAUCUUGGCAGGAAUCGUGUGUGACUUCCGCCUGUCCUACGGCCGUGCCCUCAGCCGCAGCAGUAAGGUCAUCAUCGUCAACCGCAACCGCAAAGAGAUGCUGCUCAACUCGGACUUAUUCUGGAAGCCCCAGGAGGUUGUGCAGGGAGACGUGGCCUCUUUCAUGCUGAAGCUGAGUGAGGGCCUGCGAGGCCACACAUGGGCCCCAGACUGGGUGGAGGAGCUUCAAGAAGCCGACCAGCAGAAGGAGCAGACCUUCCGGGAGAAGGCAGCGAGGCCCACAGCCCGGCACCUAAACCCAGUGCAGGUGCUACAGCUGGUAGAGGAGACCCUGCCUGAGAACGCGGUCCUGGUGCUUGACGGUGGGGACUUUGUGGGCACUGCUGCCCACCUGGUGCGGCCCCGUGGGCCCCUUCGCUGGCUGGAUCCUGGGCCCUUUGGGACUCUAGGGGUCGGUGGAGGGUUUGCACUCGGGGCCAAGCUGUGCUGUCCGGAUGCUGAGGUCUGGUGCCUGUUUGGGGACGGAGCCUUUGGUUAUAGCCUCAUCGAGUUUGACACCUUUGUCAGGCACAAGACCCCAGUGAUCGCGUUGGUGGGGAAUGAUGCUGGCUGGACGCAGAUUUCCCGGGAGCAGGUGCCCCAUCUGGGUAGCAAUGUGGCCUGUGGCCUGGCUUACACAGAUUAUCACGAGGCAGCUAAGGGUCUGGGGGCCCGGGGCUUGCUGCUAUGCCGGGAGAAUGAGGAUCAGGUGGUCCAGGUGCUGCGUGAGGCCCAGCAGCACUGCAAAGAUGGCCACCCGGUUGUGGUCAACAUUCUUACUGGGAAGACUGACUUCCGAGACGGGUCCAUCGCCGUGUAG